UCUGAGGUACAAUCUUUUUAUGUCACAGUUUUAUAUUCAUUUCCGUUUAAACACCUUGGUUAAACGAACCAUUAGGGAAGCUGACAGAAUCACUGAUGAAUUUCUCAAAGGGGACCGUGUUAAAUACUCAUCACUAUAAGGUCGCUCACACUCCUCUGCAGUCUGUCACUGUCUGUCAGUCCCUGAGGUCAGAGAUGGAGCCAAACUGUCCGACACCAGUCAACAUAACUCCUCGUGCUCAGAGAAGCGGACGAGUUUUAAAGAUGAUGAUGCUAAAAAGCUGGUGAUGAAAACAGCAAAGCUGAAGGAGGAUGACUCUAAUGAGAUUCAGUGGUCGGAGCAAAAAGAAGUGACAAAUGCACUUCUUUCUGGACACCGUACCAUGAACCCCUGCCCAGUGUUUGAGAAGAAGAGCAACAAACUGUUCCUGUUUUUCAUCUGUGUUGAAAAUUUUUACUCAGAAAUGUGGCAGAUACGUCAUUGCUCCAACAAGGCUCGGCUGUGCUACAUCACUACCGCUGAUGAUGGUGAAAACUGGAGCGAGCUGAAAGAUUUGACUCCAGAUCUGCACGAAAUCGGUGACUGGGCCACAUUUGCUGUCGGGCCGGGCCAUGGUCUUCAAACAAAGAGCGGCAGGUUGAUUGUUCCUGUCUACGCUUAUAAAAAAAAGCUAGGCUGCUGUUGCUGUUGCAAAGAUUGCCCCCCUUCAUAUGCUCUCGACCUGUACACUGAUGAUCCAGACAAAGGGUGGAAGUUUGGCAACAUGCUUGAAACCGAAUCAGGUGAAUGUCAAAUGGCAGAGAUCUUAGAUGACAAAGACAACAGCGUUAUCUACUGCAACGCCCGUAGCAAGAGUGGCCAUCGAGUGGAAGCUGUUAGUCUGAACGAGGGUGGCAAUUUCUCCAUCCUGACCGGGAAGCUUGUUGAUACAAAGAACACAGGUUGUCAGGGUAGUGUGGUCUCCUUUCCAGCUCAAAGUGAAGAUGGAGGUACGAAGGGUGAACACAACAGCAACAACAAAUGGCUUCUCUUCUCCCACACAACCAAUGUGAAAAAAAGGGUUAAUUUAGGAGUGUAUCUGAACAAAUCCCCACAGGAUCCAGACAAAUGGAGCAAACCCUUGAUCAUUAACAAAGGAACCAGUGGUUACUCAGACCUGGCUUGUGUUGGUGAUGGUCGGUUUGUGUGUCUAAUGGAGCAUGGGGAGGGAAAAGCAAUAUCUUCUGUGAUGUUUAACUACAGCCAGGUCAAGAAAGGCAUUAAGAAGUGAAUUUCAGUACUGGUUUUAUAUCCUAUAUAGACUUCAAAGGCUUGAUAUGACUAUUAAGUGAGGAGAUCCUAAUCAAAGUUUUAUUUCUUAAAAUUAUUAAGAGCCACUAUAUUUUAUUUUAUGCUUGCAUGUGGAUUUUGUUUUGCUUUUGAUUUCAGCUCGAACAACAAUGAAAACAAUGCUGCAUUGACAAUUGAGGUUAUAAUGUUGUUCUCUAAUGUAAUUCUUCUUUUGUUUAUGAAAUGAACAAAUUUCCCUCUGAUAAAUUGUAAAAGCUGUUAUAACUAGUAUUUUUGAUAAAUGGAAGAUUGGUCAGUUGUUUGUGAAACCUUUUUUUCGAAAGUUUUGUCUGUAGCCCUCACAGGACUGUAACAAACAUGACCAGUCAUUUCAUACAGACAGAGUGAAAUGAUUGGCGGGUGUUCCUGUCUGUCACUAGCCGACCUGCCUGCCUGCCCGUGCUCACACUCUUCAUAACUGGGGUCUUCAGCUGGCGAGACAAACAUCGCUGAAGUAGAGACGACUGCUAACUAAGAACUCACUGUAUAAGGUUUUGUUUGCAUGUGUAAUGGAGUGUGGGGAGAAGAAUGAAAUUAGCAGAUAAUCCUUGUUGGUUUGUAUCUACAACAUGUGAAAACCUCUCUGUCUUUACAAACCAUGAAAAUUCUGCAAAUGUACAAAAUAGUGUGAUUUCAUUAAAGAGCAGAAUGUUUCCAAUAUAAAACCAAUUAAAAGUUUAUUUUUCAGAAA